CCCCUACCGCUCCCUUGGAUCAACAACAUUCAGUUGGGAUCAUGCGCAUUGAGUUUUGAAGCACACUGGCUGAACUAUUCUUCAAAGCAUCUUCUCCGCAUUCACUUAUUGGAUCUUCGCAACCCUUGGUACUGCCUUACCUUAUCAGUCUCCCGAUCCUAGGUGCACAUCAUCUGCCGCCUCCUAUCGUCGGCCCUACCCGCAUAAUCGUGACGGCCCUACGAUCUUUUCGUUCGAGCAGAGACUCAUCAUGGAAGGUGGUGGAUCUCUAGAGUUUAGGAAGACGGAGUCUCUAGCCAGCGGUGACUCGCCUACCCUGCAAGCGGCGAUGGUCGAAGAGCUCUCCGAUGUGGACGGGGCUCCAGGCACUCCCGAUACUUUCUAUUCACCACCAGCUUCACCCGGUCGCUUAUCGCGCAACCCUUCAUUUUCCUAUCAUGAUGACUGGGAAACGUUCCCGCCCCUCGAUCAGCUGACCGUGUUUGAUCUACUUGACAAUUUCUCUCUCUCUCAGCGGCUGGAGAAGCUGCAGCAAGCCUUGAAUGCACAAAAGGCCAAGGUCAAGAAGCAGCGCGAGAAGAUCAAGUCCUCCUCGUUGAACGCCAAGGAACGUGUCGUGGGCGAGUGGAAGAGAAGGGUCCCGACGGCCGAUGAGCGGCUUGACAAAUAUCGCCAGCGCAUGAAGAAUGGCGUGGAGAGAUUGGGCAAACAAUGGAACGCGACCGCAACUGUGACGUUGCGUGAGAAGAUUUCCUUCAUUGCUGGUGUUCUCAAUAUCUUUAUCAGUGGAUAUCUGCUCGGAGGAUGGCCAGAGUACUUCUACAUCUGGUUCAGCGCACAGUUGGCCUACUUCAUGCCCAUCCGAUAUUACGGAUAUCACAAGCGAGGCUAUCACUAUUUCCUCGCCGAUCUGUGCUACUUUGUCAACUUGCUCUGCAUGCUGAGCAUUUGGGUCUUCCCCGGCUCGAAGCGACUGUUCAUCAGCACGUUCUGCCUGACCUUCGGCAACAAUGCAGUCGCUAUUGCUAUGUGGAGAAACUCGAUGGUGUUUCACAGUAUGGACAAGGUAGUCAGUUUGUUCAUUCAUAUCAUGCCACCGGUGACUCUGCAUUGCCUUGUCCACUUGACGUCCGCAAGCACCUUGAAAGCAAGAUUUCCGGCCAUCUAUGCAAUCAAAUUCAGCCAGCCCGGAUUGCCAGAUCAUUUUACACUUCUCGAAAUGAUGGGAUGGGCAACUGUGCCAUACAUGAUCUGGCAGUCUGCCUAUCACUGCUUCAUCACAGUGCGGCGCGCGGAGAAGAUUGCGGCCGGACGCCCAACCAGCUUUACCUGGCUUCGCAAAUCGUACGCCAAAACCUGGCUAGGCAAGUUUGUUCUGAGCCUCCCUGAAUACCUGCAGGCUCCGGCUUUCAUGAUGAUCCAAUAUUUCUAUGCGAUUCUGACGAUGAUUCCAUGCCCAUUGUGGUUCUGGUCUCGGUGGGCCAGUGGAGCUUUCCUCACCGCCCUCUUCAUCCUGAGUGUCCACAACGGCGCCACUUACUACAUUGACAUCUUCGGCAAGCGCUUCCAGAAGGAGCUGGAGGAGUUGAAGAAAGAUGUCGCACGGUGGCAUUCGUCUCCCGAGGGAGCAAUCAGCCCAAUGCUGCUACCGUCGGACCAGGGGGACCCCUCUUCCGACAAGGCCCAGGUUGAGUCGGCCACUGCUGGUAGCGGCGCCCCCAACAAAGCUACUAGCAUUGAUACCAUUCCUCUUCUUGAUGCUCCUGCAGCUGCAGCUUCAACCGGUGUUAAGAACGCUGCAGCUACCGACAAUGACUCUACUGUUCGGGAGAGGUCGUGAUUCUUUGUGGAGGGUUUGCCAUUUUCUUCUACGGUCUAGUUAAUGCUUUGUUUGACAGCUCAUCUGUGCGUUUGGUUGCAUUUCUGAGGCUCGAAAUCGAUACCCAACUCACUAGUCGUUCAUUUCCCUUUUGCAUUUGAUUAGUGCAGGUUUUCUUUGCGAUUGUUCUGCUUUCUGAUAUAGCCACUUAGAUAGAGCGGAGUCUGUUCGCAUGAUGAGUGAACGAAUUUACAUGUUUUUAGAGCC